AUGAGCCAACGUGUCCCGGAUCUAGUGAAGUCAUUACUCUGGGCCAUCCGUAGCCCUUUCGUCGGUGCUAUUCCAACGCGAAUUCUGCUCAUAUUUUGCAGAUAUGCGCAGCCUGCCCUUAUUGCAAUUUCUAUUGAUUGCGUAAAUGGUCGUCGAUCAGAUCAAAUUCAACCCAGCCUUGUGGUAGCUUCAGCUGCGGUGAUAUAUACUAGUCUAGCUUUGUUAAACUCAAUAUACCAGCACCAGCUCGAUCGGCUGAAGAUCCUGUCGAGGGCUUCUUUGACCACUCUGGUCUUCGAAAAGUCUCUGAAGCUGCACAGCACAUCGUCUUCUUCAGACGAUGGGCGUGUCCUUGCGCUCAUCGCUACGGAUGUCGAGGCGCUGAUACCGGUGGCAGAAAUGCUUCAUGAAACAUGGGCCCACCUGGUUGAAGUCAUUGUUGGAAUGGUGUCCCUCCUGUACACAAUCGGUUGGACGAGUCUGCUACUUCUCCUGAGCAUAUAUGGCUGCUCGCGAGUGAGUCGGUAUGUUGCGAUGCAUCUCCACCCACGGCAGGCUGCUUGGAAUGAAGCAUCGCAGACUCGACUAUCGGCCACUGUAUGGUUUCUCACGGGAUUUCGAAGCAUCCGCAUGAUCAGCUGGACUAGAGCUAUUCACGCGAAGCUUCAGUGUCUUCGCGAGGAAGAAAUGGUGGCCUCGACGAGACUUCGCUGGGUAAUGGUCGCGUACGGAGCCAGCGCGAAUGCAUUGGGAAUAUUUUCACCGAUGCUCGUUUUAGUCUUGUCUACGGCUGCAGCUCAGAGUCAGGGCAUGCUGCAACCUCAAAUACUCAGCUCCAGGACUGUGUUCACGGUGGUAGCCAUUCUUUCCAUGGUCACUCAUCCUGCGAACAUGAUCUUCACCAUUCUGCCAAAAGCUAUUUCCGCACGGACAAGUGCCGAACGCAUUGAAGAUUUUCUGAAUGAGCCCGAAUGUAGCAUUGGGCAGCAUCGUGAAACGCAAAGUCCCUCAUCCCAGAUCGGAUCCGAAAUGUUCUCGUGCCUUGAGAAUGCGAAUUUCUCGCUUGGCCGAAACAAAUCCAACGUGCUUCAUGAUAUCAGCCUAUCACUCUCCCCAGGUCUGAAUAUCUGCAUAGGCAAAAUUGGGCAUGGCAAAACUACUCUCGCAAGAGCGAUACUUGGAGAGAUAUCACCUAUCACGGGCCAGGCUACUCCGUGCCAAGGACCUACAGGUUAUUGCUCCCAAUUGGUAUGGUUACCAUCAACCACAAUUCUAGCUGCGAUCACUGGACCGUUUGCAGAACAUUCCCCCAGUACCGACGAAUGGUAUGACAGAGUUGUAAACGUCUGCUGUCUUGACAAGGAUGUAAUGUCAAUGGCCGCGGGGCAUCAAACAGAGAUUGGUAGCAACGGAAGCAACCUAUCGGGCGGCCAGCGACAAAGAGUGGCAUUAGCUCGUGCCAUUUAUGCCAGGCCACGAGUGCUCGUCUUGGAUGAUCCUUUUAGCGCUCUGGAUAAGGCUACCGAGGAGGCUAUAGCUGAGAACUUAUUCGGAACUGGCGGUCUUUGUUCUGUCGAUAGAAAUAUGGCAGUGUUCCUCACCAGCACUCAAGUGACUCAAUGUGCCUUCGCAAAGCAUAUCGUCCUGCUUGAGCGCGGCCGUAUAACCGCUCAAGGCUCUUGGCGAUCCAUAAAAUCAGUCCUUGAGAGAUUCGUACCCGAAAGCAGUGAUCUACCUAACUCUGAGGUCCAGGUGUCAAAGAUUCAUACGCCUUUAUCAUCUACCAUACCGAAAUUCAAGGCCCGGCUUAGGAGUACCGAUGGGGUAGUCGUACCAAAAGUGCCUCGGAGAAGCAUGCAAGCAUUCACGAUAGGCUAUACGAAUUUCGGCCUCAUGCUCGUAUGCACAGCUUCGUAUUCGUUUUUCUCAACAAUCCCACAGUACUGGCUACAAUUCUGGAUGGAGUCCCCAAAUGCAAAUUCAUCUACGCUCUUCAUCACUGUCUACGUUAUGCUUUGCGUCACGGCUUGGCUUUCGACAAGCAGCCAGAUGUGGGCAACUAUGAUUCGCAUCGCGCCCAAAUCUGGGCUUGUCCUCCACUCUUCCCUUCUUGAUACUCUCUCGAGGGCUAGUCUUAGAUGGUACCUUGCCACGGACAUUGGUUCGGUCUUCAACCAUUUCAGCCAAGACUUGUACACGGUAGACCGUGAGCUCCCGAAUGCUAUCGCUGCGCUUUCGACUCAAAUAUUCAAAUUGGCGGUACAGCUGUGCCUACUCUUUUCCGCUCGCCCAAGUCUAGCGAUCAUUGUUCCUCUUUAUGCCAUCAUUGUAUACAUCCUCCAAAGGCGCUACCUUCGUGGUUCGAAACAGCUUCGACAUCGAGAAUUGGAGUCAAAAGGCGCAUUGGUGACAUCAUUUAUCGAUAUCUUGCAAGGACUCAGUACCAUUCGGGCGCUAGGCUGGACGACCGUCUGCACCGAGUGUCAUCUUCGCAUACUGGAAACUUCGCAGCGAGCCAUGUUCAUGCGGAUGUGUCUCGAGCGAUGGCUGAAAGUUGUUCUUGAUUUGCUCUUUGCACUUUUGGCCACUGCAUUUCUUGCAUCUGCAACCAGACCGGGGAGAUCUCUGAGCGGAGCGCAGAUGGGGGUUGCGCUGAACAUGAUCCUCGUCGCGACCACUACACUCCUCCGUUUGGUCCAAUCGUGGACAUCAUUCGAGACGUCUUUAGAAUCCGUUGCACGUCUGAAAGCCUUCGAGCACGAAGCCCGACCUGAGCUGAGUCCAGCGAUCCCUUUAGCCCCAGAGCGAGGAUGGCCAGCGCGUGGUGAAAUUGUGUUCAACCAUGUUGCAGCUUCGUAUGAAUCAGGUACGCCUGCUUUGAAAGACAUCAAUAUCAAUAUUCGGCCGGGGCAAAGAGUUGUCAUUUACGGUCGAUCAGGGAGCGGAAAGAGCACAUUGACAUUAGCCUUGCUCCGACUCCUGGAAUUAGACGCAGGAUCGAUCGUUGUCGACGGUCUCAACCUUUCCCAGGUAUCAAGCUCCACCGUAAUAAGUCAGUGCUUCAUUGCCAUCCCGCAAGAACCGAUCGUUGCUACAGAGGACACGCUGCGAUAUAAUCUUGAUCCGGAAAAUCUAUUCACAGACGGCCAAGUCGUGUCAGCGCUCGAGACAACAACGUUGUGGGAGCUACUUCUCCCGAUCGACUACGCAAGAGGUUCUACCAGCAAGGAUCACGAUACUUCGAACAUUCUCCUCCAAAAAUUGGCGAAUCUUCCGAUAUCGACACCCGGACGUCUGCAGCUACUUGCCUUGUCCCGUGCAGUGCUCCGUCAACAUCACAGCAUCGCUCAAUCAGCACAGAUGACACCCAAGCCCAUCCUUCUUCUCGACGAGGUCACCUCGUCUCUGGAUGACGAAUCUGAGGCACUGGUCUACAAAGUGAUCAAAGAAAAUUUCACAGACAGAGGCCAUACUGUUAUCAUGAUUUCACAUCGAGUGAGCGUGGCAACUGAAGGCCUGCGGGAGGGCAUCGAUGUCUCGGUCGAGAUGAGAGAUGGUGCGAUACAGAAUGUCACAUUAGCAUGA